AUGGGUGACCUGAAGAGACUUCUAGCGAGUGCACACCCUGACGACGUGUUCUGUUUCCAUGAGCUUAACUUUCUCCCAAACCGUUUACCGAAAACCUACAUUCCAGAAAAGAGCAAUGUGAUGGAGCGCAUUGUCAGCGUCGGCAUCCUCUACAACACGACGGGGACUUGUUCUGCGGUGCCUCUGGUGGUGCUAGAGAGGCCCGAGCCAAGGAGAGCAAAGGCGCUUGCAUGCAAGGUGGUCGUUCGGUAUACGAGGAGUGGGCGGUUGACGCCGGAGGUAUGUCCGCGUGUGUCGCGUCAUUACCGUGAUUGCAAUACCCUCAUCCUCACAAUCCACGAGGCGCAUCGCAUCACCGGCGCAGUUGCGCAGCCCAUCGAGGAGCACAAUUUCAGUGUGCACCAUCUCACGAACACCGCAAUCGUCAACAUACGGGGCUCGGUACCUGGGUCGGGCCUGCCGCACAUGCAGGCGGUGGGGGACGCUUUGAAGGCGCAUUACCGCGUCAUGCUGAUAAGGCACGCGAUAACGUCCCGACGGUUCCAGUUCGACUACUCGACGGCCAUCAUUGAGGUUGGUUAUGCCGACAUGCUCGAGUAUCUUGGAAAAGCGUGGACCCGGGUGCGAGCGGCCACCAUGCAGAAGAGUUGGUGGCGCGCCGGGUGCGUGCCGACGAGCUGGAAGCCAUUGAUGGCGUACCUGAACGACACAUGUGCAACCGGCAUGUUUAAGCCGUCAAUUAAGAUAUGCGUCGAUUUGCAGUUGCUCAUCGAGAAGUUCAAAGUGAGGCCUGCAUGUUAUAUGACGGCUGCGGGGUUCGUCAACUGCGAUGCGGGCCUCUGUUUGGAGCAGGGGUUCAGAGCCACAUCACCUGCCAGCGCUUCGUCGAGCUCAUUGGGCGAGAUGAGCCUGCCGGGUGGCCCACUCCUGCGGCACGAGCGCAGCAGGAGGCGUGGGAUUCGUAACGUCACCAAUGCAUAUGUGGAGCAUGCCGAUGAGCUCGGUUUUCCCCGGUCGCGGUGCCAGCUGAGGUCGACGCAUCAAACCAUGAGGUGA